UUUCAUGUUAAUAGUGUCAUUCGUGAAACAUAAGCAGUAGUAGAGUUUACAAUUUCACUGCCUAUUUCCGAGCUAGCUACUGAAUCAGAGAGUAGUGAGUAGGGUUUUGUGCAGAGGUUUUAGAGAUGGCGAUGGCGAGUCACAGACCCGGCGAGUUAACUCAUCAUCGACUCCUCGAUUUCGUUAAAACAGCGCUUAUCAAAAUCUUCGUCUCCCCUUAUGCCUCUGUAUGUGAUAUGUAUUGUGGGAAAGUAGCUGAUGUGGAGAAGUGGGAUGAAGCUCAAAUUGGUCACUACAUCGGCAUUGAUGUGGCAAUGUCGGGAGUGAACGAAGUGAAGGAAGCGUGGGAGAGUCAGCGGAAGGCUUACACAUCUGAGUUCAUUGAGCUUGACCCUUGUAUUUACAUUUUCUGUGCAGGAAGAUAUAGACUCCUAUUGGAAGGACAAGGAAAAGCAGGCCGAUAUUGUUUUCUGCAUGCACAAUUUACAGUUGUGCUUUGAUAGUGAAGAGAAAGCAAGGAGGUUAUUGCAUAAUGUAUCAUCUUUGCUUAAACCUGGGGGUUACUUUCUUGGUAUUACUCCUGACUCAUCUACUAUAUGGUAUGAAACUAAAAACUGCAUGGUUGACUUAUGUUGUUGUAGUCUUUUUUCUUUUCAUCUUGCUGAAGUGGGGAGUCUUCUUAAUGCUUUAAACUAGCUUAUGUUAUUUUGUCUCAGUUUCCGCCUAGUCUUAUUUGGUUCUUUGCACUCCAUGUGACCUUGUGGUUGCUGUAGAGGAAAAUACCAGAAGAAUGUUGAAGCAUACUAUAGUAGGAACCCAUAGGACUUCCAAAUUUAACCGUUUCAGAUGUAAAAUUAGCAUUGCUGUACUCUCAUAUUUCUUGAAGAGAUGAAUGGAGAAUAACAGAAUUUCUAAUUGUCCACACACUAUAGUAGGUCAUGAUUCUUAUUGUGAUAAUUCACAUUAUUCAACAAAUUGAGAAAGGAAAAAAGUUAGAUCCUUGUUUAUGGGCUAUAAUCAAUAUGUCGACUUCAUUCAGUAUGUUGGAUUAUAAAUUCCUCUUUCUUCUGUAAUGACUCCUUGAUUCUGUAGAUUCAUAUUAUUUGGUGUUCAUUUACAGAUAUGUAUAGUGUAGUCUUGUCCCACAUUGGAAGAGGAGUAAUAUCUCCU